AUGGCGAGUGCAGCUCCCAGCGGUAGCGAGGCCCAAGGAGAGUUGACCUGCCCCAUCUGUCUGGACGCCUUCCGCUGCCCCUGCACGCUCAGCUGCGGCCACUCGUUCUGCCUCGAGUGCGUGGAGGUCGCCUGGGAUGCGGCCAAGUCCUUCUCCUGCCCACAGUGCCGAGUGACCUUCCCUCAGAGGCCCAAGCUGAACAAGAACUUCACGCUCGCCAACCUGGUGGAGCAGCGCAGUGCUGCUGAGAAAAUGGCCACCGUGGUCUUGUGUGACUUCUGCAACGAUGGCACGACUGCUGCCUCCAAGACCUGCUACAGGUGUGAUACCUCCUACUGUGUGACUCAUGUAAAGCCUCAUCAGGAGAACCCGAAGUUCAGGGACCACAUUCUGGUGGCUCCAGCCACGAAUCCUGAAGACCGCAAGUGCAAGACGCACAGAAAGGAGCUCGAGUUUUUCUGCCGACAGGACAAGAGCUUGGUCUGUACAACCUGCACCAUCGCAGGAGACCACAAGGGUCACGAUGUGGCUAUGCUGGAGGACGAGCACAAGACUCGGGAGAAACAAGUGGGAGAGGAGACGCUGGCGGUGGAGGAGAAGAGGAGGAAGGCGAAGGAGUCCAUAAAGCGGAUGGAGGCCGCUCGCAGGGACGUGCAGGGAUCGAUGACCGGGGUGAGGCAGCGAAUCAAUGGCGAGUUCGCCCGCAUGAGAGCAGCUCUGGACGAGGACGAGAAGGCGGCUCUGGCUCGUGCGUCCAUGAAGGAGCGCGAGCUGCUGACCCAGAUCGAGAAGAACAUCGCUCACUUCCAGCACGAGAUCGGCGAGCUCCAGGCAGCAGCCACUCGUCUGGAGGGCCUAGUGCAGGAGAGGGACUCGCUCGCCUUCCUGCAGGGGCACCUGGAGGAGACGCGCAGGACAUGGUGGGCUACAGCAGCUCCACCCUCAGCUCCCAGCCAAGAGGACAUUGCCUCGCUUAAACGCACCGAGGAAACUGUGACCAAAUUUCUGUACGGACGCUCACCGACUCUGGACACAAUCUCAGCUUAUGACCAACUCCAGAUCUCCUCGGAUCUCAGGACAGUGACGCGGACCAGUGACUUCCAGGAUCGCCCCGAUCACCCACACCGGUUUGAUUGCUGUGCACAAGCCCUGUGCUGUGAGAGCUUCUCGUCGGGCCACCACUACUGGGAGGUGGACGUGGGGGACGCGGAGUCGUGGCGGGUUGGAGUCACGUACGGGACUAUCCCACGGAAAGGGGGUGGUGUUGCACAGCUGCUGGGAGGGAGCGACACGUCCUGGUGUUUAGAGAAAUAUGACGACAGCUUCUCAGUGUUUCAUGGUGGAGUGAAGACUGCACUGUCAGUUAGGGGGGCCCCCUUCCUCCGCAGAAUCGGGCUUCACCUGCACUGGGAGGGGGGGCUCCUGGCGUUUUACCGCGCCGACUCCAUGGAGGUGAUCCACAAGGUUCGGCAGAGAUUCUUGCAGCCUCUCUACCCUGGGAUGUGGGUGGUGUAUUGCAAUGAUCGAUUGAAGAUCGUGGAUCUGAGUCGUGCAUGCUGAGGUUGCGGAGAGAUAGAAAUCCAAGAAACCGAGACAGAAACCCAAGAAAAAGAGAGGGGGGAUGGUGAGAAGAGGGUGAGGUGAGCGUGGAAGGGUAAAGUGAGGGGGGAGGGUGAGGGUCAGGUUGGCGUGCAUGAACGAUGUCGCUGGUGCAGUAAAAAUCGCAGGUUCGUGUGGCCGCUCCUUCAGCUGCAGUGCGCGCUCGCGUCACCACGCCUCCUCAUCCCUGCGAUUCACCACCAUCACCAACAUCAUCAUCAUCACCCUAUUAUCAUGACUGUCAUCAUCACCAUCAAUACCACCAGCAUCAUAAUCAUCAUCACCAUCAUUACCAACAGCAUCACCAACAUCAUCAUCGCCAUCAUCAUUACUAUCAACACCACCAAAACCAUCAUAAUCACAAUCACCAACAUCAUCACCACCAUCAUUACUAUCAUCAUAACCAUCACCCCAUCAUCAUCACUAUAAUCAGCAACAUCAUCAUCAACAUCAUUAUCCCCAUCAUCACCACUACCACGAACAACACCAUCACCACCAUCAACCCACCAUCAACACCACAAUAAUUAUCACCAUUAUGACGUCCAUUACCAUCAUCAUAAUCAUUACCUAUCAUCACCACUAUCAACAUCACCAUCAUUAUGACCAUCAUCACCAUAACCAUCAUCACCACUAUUAAUAUCAUCACCACCAUCAUCACAAUCACUGUCAUCACCACCGUCAAAAUUACCAUCACAAUCACUGUCAUCACCACCGUCAAAUUUACCAUCAGCAUCAUCACGACCACCAUCAAGCUCAUCACCAUCAAUACCACGACUAACACCACGACCAUUAUCACCACCAUCAUCAUUGCCACCACCAUGAUCACCACCAUCAUUAUCAUCAUCACUAUCAGCACCCACAUCACCAUCACCAUUCUUCCAACCACCAUCACAAUAAUCACAAUCAUCACCAUCAUUACGAUCAUCAACACCACAAAAACGGCCAUAAUCAUCACCAUUAUCACAUCCACCAUCACGACCAUCAUCACCAUUAUCAUCACUAUCAUCCUCACCGUGAAAACCACCAUCACCAUCACGACCAUUACCACCAUCUUCCUCAGCACCAUCAUUAUUACCACCACUGUCAUCACCACCACCAUCAUGAUCACCACCAUCAUUAUCAUCAUUGAGUAUCACUGCCCACAUCACCACCACGAUUAUCACCAUUCUUACUAUAAUCAUCACAACCAUCACCACCGUCAUCAUCACCACCAUCACUACCAUCAUUACUACCAUGAUCAACACCACUACCAUCAUCACCAUUUCACCAUUAUUACCACCACUAUCACCAUCAUCAUGGUAACGUCUCUGUAACGUAUUUGUAGCUCGGGCUGUUAUUUUCGUUUGUUGUGUUUAACCGGGGCGAUAACUCAAGACACCAGGAUAGGAGUCUAAUUUGUAAGAGUGAGUGGCAUGGGGAGCGAGUGCUUGGGUGAGUAAGUAGAUAAGUAACAGAGAUUAUGGGUGAUUGAAUGAUUGAGUGAAGGCAUGGUUGAUUGGGUGAGAUGGUGGGUGAGUGAGUAGGUGGGUAGACGUGGGAGAUGGUUUGUGGGUGAGUGAGUGAGUGAAUGGGUCAGUGGAUCGGUGGCGUGUUUGAGUAAGUGAGAGAGUAUGUGAUUGGGUAAAUUGUUGAGUGCAUGAGUGAGUAGAUUAGUGAGUGAUCGAUUGAGUGCAUGGGUGAUUGAGAUGGUGGGUGAGUGAGUGGCUGAGUGGGUCAGUGGUUAAGUGAGUGAGUGAGAGGGUAGGUGAGUGGUAAAUGAUUGAGUGAGUGAGUUCAAGUGUAUCGUCUGUAACCGGGUGUAGAACUCGAGAGACCAGUACAGGAGUCUCAUUUGCAAGAGUGACCUGGGGCUGGGGGGGAAUCUCCAAAAUAACAAAAACGACAACGUAAGCACAGGGAACAAUAACGAAGCGAAGAUAAAUUAGCGGAAAAAAACAAACAACAACCACCGCCGUUUUACAGACGAAACCGAAAACAAAACAGCGCCCUGAACAAACUCCCAAUACUGCAAGGGUGAAGACAGCGUCUGUACCUCCAACUCACAGUCGUGUCCACGUGUUGGGGGACGAUCUCGUCUACCCAGGGCCACCCGUCACGGUGUCCAACGCGACGUAACGACGAUUCCCACAAACAACUCCCAACAGCCCACUCCUCCCGCACCCCCCCCCCCCCCCCACGGUUCCUGGGUUUGUCGUCUUAAAAGUGGACCUGUAGCCGCUGCAAGCUGCGCAGGGCAUAAUGUGUUCAAAGCGGCUAACCCGACGGAUCAUCUGGGCAGCUGCAUUCUGCACUAACUGGAGCCUUUGCACUAAUCCAAGUGGAAGCUCUGCAUAGAUAAUCCAGGCGUGUUGAGACAAACGCAUGAACUAAUGAUUACAGGUCUGGGGUAGAGAAGAUCGAGCCCAACCUUCGGAGUAUUUGUAGGUGGUAGAGAUCUACUCUGACCGUAGCUAUGAGCUGCAAGCGCACGGUCAAGCUCUGAUCAAACGGCACACCGAGGUUGCCUACUUUGGACACAAGGGGAGGGCGAGCUCUCCUAAUCAGUGGAGGAUCGAUGUGGCCCUGCCACGCUCACAGACGCUGCUCUGAGCCAACUAUCAUGUACUCUGUCUUGCUCAGGUUUAGCUGCAGCCAGUUUUGCUUCAGACAAGCAUUCUGAAAUAGUAUAUAACUACAAUUUGCAAUCGUAUAUUACUUCCUACCGAUUUUUCAACACUAAAUGCAAGCAUGGGCAAGGCAGGAACACAACAACAGUCCCAGAUCACACCAAGACAACACGGCAGUCCCGGGAUACAACUGCACACGAAUAUCGAACUAUUGAUACGUGGGUAUGGAUCAAAGUUCCAAUCACAUUUGCAAAUGAGGCUGUGUACAGCAUGAAUCUUCUGCUUCAGACAUUUAUAGAAGGAAGAUUUAUGAUGUUAAGGGAAGAAACAAGGUUGUUCCAAAACGUUGGUGCCGCAAUGGCAAAGGCCUUGUCACCCAUUCCAAUUCUCAUUGUUGGGAUAGUUAACAGGCAAAUAGAUGUACGUCUUCGGUUUCUUUGGUUUGACAGUGGGGUUUAUGAUUUAGAUAAAGCACAGAUUUGGCAAUAAGGGUUUUAUGGAUGAACAGUGCCCAAUGUAGAUUUCGUUUAGCAUCAAGUGAUGUGAGAUGGUAUUUGAAGUCGAGGUCACAUUUGUGGGUGCUGUAUGAUACAUCCAAAAAAAAUCCAAGAUCAGAAUGAUGAAUGGUGUUUAGUCUGUUAAGUGUUAGAUUAGUAGUUGAUGUAUACGCAGCAUCACCAUAGCGAGAUGCAUUUCUGAGAUCAUUUUAUCGUACAGUCUGUCUUGUGAGUAGAAAAUCGUGGUCAAGAGUUUCAAAAGGCUUUUGACGAGGAUACAAUGCCACGUUACAGACAGGAAUGCCGAUUUGUCGUUAAUUUAAGUGGCACAGCCGAUGGUGCUGUACCUCGACACAUCUAUCACUUCUCCUGCCCAAAGGAGACAAACUUAACCCACGAUUCAUCAACUCGCUUAACAAUAACCCUGGAAUAUGCUCUCACACAGCAGAGAAUGGGGAAGAUAAGGAGGUGUAAAUUUCGAUUUAAAGAGAAAUAAUAAAACAAUAACAUUUUCACGACGUAUCGUUUGCAACACAAGCAAUCGUCAUCAGGUGUGAAAACUACAGCAAGAAACGUCGUGAGAAAUGUAUUAUUUUAUUAUUUCCCUUCUACGUGGUGAUGUUAAAGGGAGACAAAGGCGGCCGCGCGUGGUACUGCCCACCCACCCCCACUCCUCGUGUGCCGUGCCGGCCUUCAUAGGUGCUACUCACUAACAGCACUUGGCUCAGCAGAAGUGUGCUAAGGCUGUACGGGGAUAUUUGUGAAUACCUCUACAGUCUUGUCAUCUCCCACAGCUACGAAAUUACGUAGCCAUCUCUGCAAUCAUAUUUAGUCAGCUGGGAAGAAUAAGACGGAGUUCAUUCGCAAAUCAGUGGGGUAUCUCUCAAUGGAUCGACCUGUAUUAGGGUGAUUUCUCAAGGUUGUGGUUUAUAUUUUAAAAAGGUGGUUUCAGGUGUUGGUGGUUUGUGGUCAAUGCAGGAAUGAACGCUUUGUUACAAUGUGGCUUUUUAUUAAAUGGUGUAUGGGCAACUACACGAGGUUAUUUUGUUUUAGCCAAAUGAGAGUGAGUAAGUGGGUGCGUGAGAUGGUGAGUAAUUAAAUCAGUGAGUGGGUGAGUGUAAAAUGACACAAUGUGUGUGAGAUGGUGCAUGAAUGAGUGAUAUGGUCGGUGAGUAAAUCGAUGGGUGCGUGAGAUGGUGGGUUAGUAGGAUGGUGUGGUGAGUUUAGGGCGAUGUAUGAGAGGUGAGUUAGCAUGAAAUAUGUUGAGAUAAGAUGACGUGAAUUGAGAUGAGGUGAAUUGAGGUGAGAUGAGGUGUAUGAAGAUGAGAUGAGAUGAGUUGUCAUGUAAGUUGAGAUGGACUUUGACCAACCACCCCUAGCGCUCACACGUCAGCACCUUUCAAACCGUAAGAACCAAACAGUGCAGUACUUUAUGAUGACAAAAACGACAAAUGCACGCAUUACACCGUGAUCACGGGACUCCGGGAGGAGACCAUCGACGACUGCCGGUCCGGCGGCUCCGAGACCUCAGACUGCAGCUGCGCCAAGCUGUUCAACGUGCGGUCGGAGGUGCCGGCCAAGUACAAACACCGUCUUUUUGAGUGCAAACUUCUAGAGCGCAGUUGUCAGUGCAAAACAAGACACCCCCUGCUGGGUGCUGGGAAUCCUUGAGGCUGCAAACGACUUCACUGCAGAUUCGUGUAUCCCGGGUUCAUGCUGCCUCAAGGCCGUAGCCAUGGAGUCAACAUUGGGGGGGACCAAAUCUUCCAGGGGGUCUGGGGGUCACCCCCUCAGAAAAAAAAUCUAAAUUUGAAAACAAAUUUCCUGCCUAAAAUAUAAAAAAAAAUCACUAACACAUAGGAUGGACUUUUUAUUAAUUGUUUACAAUGUCUAAUAGUGUAUUGUAUGACAUUGCUGUUUUUUUCCUUUUUACCUUUUCUUGUUUCAUUGUAUGUAAUGGCAGACAUUAGGGAUUAAUAAAGUACAAGCAUAACUAGAAUCAUAUAAACAGAAAUCUAUUUAAUAGCAAUAUA